UGAUAAAAGUGUAUUCAAUAAAUUUUAUGAAUAGUAUUUUGAUAACUUCCAGUAUGAUUCGAUUGUGCCGUCCGCAGAUGCGAAAAAAAUUAAUAAAUAAAACGGAUACAAGUGAAAAUUUAGCAUCAAUCAAGUAUGAAAUCGGUAGUUUUCUCGAUCAGAAUUCGUGGGAUCGUUACACUUUUACCGCGUGAUGUUAUUUCGUUUCCACUCUUAUCGCAUAUAGUUACAUUCACUCAAGUUACAGGAGUUUAUUUCUUUCGGUGAUAACGUCAAAUUGCGCAUAUUUAUAUAAGUAUAACGAUAUACUGACUCUCACGAUGAAACUGCCAAAAAAAUAUUAAGACGUUUCAGAUCUGUACAUGUGGAAUCCACUCUUGAAAAAGUAUGAAUUCAAUAUGCGUUGCAGAAAAACAAAGUGAGAUAAUCGCGUGGCUAUCAAAUAUCACGUGACCGAUAAUACUAACCGCAGCUCUUCUCGAGCUUUGAUAUAUUGCCAUACUCUUCUCACUGGGAAAACAGUUUGAUUUCGAUCCGCACGGUGAACGCUAGCAUUCGUAUCUCCAGACUUCAUCCAAAGAGCAGUAACCAAUUAAGUUGAAGAACCGAAUUUAUCACCGUCAAACAAUGUUCACCCAAAUUGUAGUUAACACGUGCUUGGUAUUGGUGGGUGUGCUGACUGUCUUAUACUUGUAUAUUCGUCGCCAAUUUACUUACUGGGAGCGACUAGGCGUGCCGUACGUGAAACCAGAUUCGUUUCUAGGAAACUUUGGGGAUUCCUUUACGAAGAAGAGACCCAUGUCUGAAAUGCUGAUUGAGAUAUACAAUAAAUCCAGUGGAAAAGGGUUUACGGGUGUGUGGAACUUUUUCUCGCCAGCACUGUUUCUCGCCAAUCCUGAGGUGCUGCGCGAUAUCAUGAUAAAGAAUUUCGACGCGUGGACCGACCGUGGAGUACCUAAGAAUCCGGAGUCCGAUCCGCUUUCGCAGCACGUGGCCGCCCUGGAUGGAAAGAUGUGGAAGGACGUGAGAGCGAAACUGACGCCAACGUUCACAUCCGCGAAACUCAAGCACAUGCAUCACCUGUUCUUGGAGUGCGGGAAAGACUUGGAGAAAUAUCUGGAGUCUUUGGUUUCAAAAAAUGAGGCGAUCGAGGCCAGGGAAGUCAGCGCCAAAUUCGCCACGGACGUAAUCGGCUCCUGUGCCUUCGGGAUUCAGAUGAAUUCACUUAGUGACGAAGAUGCCGCCUUUCGUAACAUGGGGAAAAAAAUGCUCGAUGUAACAAUGGGACAGCGAUUCGCCAUUGUUGUGGUUCUGUGUUCUCCGUGGUUGUUCAAGAAACUGAAGCUAUCUCUGACACGGCGAGACGUCGAAGAGUUCUUCCUAAGAUACACCAGGGAGGCCUUCGAGUAUCGGGAAAAGAACAACGUGCAGAAGCACGACUUCAUAGAUCUUUUGAGGAAUCUCAAAAACGUGGAUCAGUCACUCGGCGAGGGUGAAACAGUAUUCGACGAUAAACUCCUGGCUGCCCAAGCGUUUGUUUUCUUUGGGGCCGGUUUCGAGACGAGCUCUACAACGAUUGGGUACGCCUUUCACGAGCUGGCUGUUAACCAGGAUAUGCAAGACCGUCUGCGAAAGGAAUUGCAUGAAAUGAAAGCCGCUAACAAGGGUGAAAUCACCUGGGAUGGUUUGCAGGGUAUGAAGUACUUGGACAUGAUAUUCCAAGAAACUCUGAGAAAAUAUCCAGUAGUUCCGCAAGUCAGCCGAGUCUCGGUAAAGCCUUACCAACUUCCUGGUACGAAUGUGGUACUACCGUCAGGAUCAAGAUGCAUAAUUCCCAUCUACGCCUUCCACCACGAUCCGCAAUUCUUUCCGAAUCCGGAAAUAUUCGAUCCAAAGAGGUUCACUGACGAGGCAAAGGCCCAGCGACGCCCUCUUACUUUUAUACCCUUCGGUGGUGGGCCCAGGAAUUGUAUAGCUUCUCGGUUCGCGGAGCAACAGACGAAAAUUGGUAUCGUCAGUGCGAUCGACAAGUUCAAGCUUUCACUAUGCGAGAAGUCACAAAAUCCAAUUCAAUAUAAAAAAGGUGAACUUUUUCUUCACUCGGAUAUUGGAGUUUGGAUUAAGGUGUCUCGCAUUGGUGCCGAUAACAAAUGAUGAGACUGCUCUUUGUUGGCUGAAUGAAACCGAUCGAGAAUUCACAGCCAAUACACUACGGGAAGUGCAAAUUUUUGCACAAUUUUUGACGUCACAUACAAACUAGUGCUACGAAGUGUUUUGACACAAAUCUGACUAAAAAAUAACCUCCCGAUUCUUUCUCGACAUAGAUUUUUUAAUUUCUGCCGUGUAUACGCAGAUGCAUUUAUAACCAAUAAUCGAACAAUCCUUCAGAAUAUCAAACACUCUAGCUUGUAUGGACGAGAAUGAAAUAAUUUAAAACCUUGUCUCGAGUUUCAGUCGAAUCUCGAAGAAAAAUUUGACGAAGCGUAUACAACGCAAUAAGCUUUUUCUACACAUAACGCUUAUCUGGAAACACAUCGCAUUAAUUAUGUUUACGAAUACCAACGUCGAACUGGCCUAGAGCUGGUGGCUAAUUUAGCGUAGUAAAUUGCUUAAGAAGAUGUCAACGAAUUCCGAAAAUAACACAAGAACUCGAGGGAAGAAACAUGAAAAGCAUCAGUCUCGGUAAACAGAGAGCUCUAAAUGACACUGGAGUCAGUUUUCAUUUCACCUUGCGCAACUUCAGACUCGUAAAUGAUGUUUUUCAACGGAUAGAGGGAAGAUUGGUGUCGCAGUGUGAAAUGAACUUUGCAACGCCAAGGGUAUAUUGUCGGUGAAAAUUGACAGGGACUAGCCAAGAGACUUAAAGAAUGGUGUCAUAUGCUCCGACCUCUGGACGUUGGAUAUGAAUCUGACGCAAGCGUUGAGCGCAAGGAGAAGCUCGGUUUCAGGAUCGAGGAUAAAUAACGGAAG